GAACUUCACCCCAAUCUUCUACCCUGACUAUGGCAACUGCUACAUCUUCAACUGGGGCAUGACAGAGAAGGCGCUUCCUUCUGCCAACCCCGGGACUGAGUUUGGUCUGAAGUUGAUCUUGGACAUCAAUCAGGAAGACUAUGUCCCCUUCUUGGCAUCCACGGCUGGGGCACGGCUGAUGCUGCACGAGCAGAGGACAUACCCCUUUAUCCGAGAGGAGGGCAUCUAUGCCAUGUCGGGCACGGAGACGUCCAUCGGGGUGCUGGUGGACAAGCUACAGCGCAAGGGUGAGCCCUACAGCCGGUGCACCAUGAACGGCUCUGACGUCGCCAUCCAAAACCUCUACAGCAGCUACAACACCACCUACUCCAUCCAGGCUUGUCUCCACUCUUGCUUCCAAGACCACAUGAUCCAGAACUGCAGCUGUGGUCACUACUUGUACCCACUGCCUCCCGGGAAGAAAUACUGCAAUGACCAGGACUUCCCGGACUGGGCCUACUGCUACCUGGACCUGCAGAUGAGCGUGGCUCAGAGAGAGACGUGCAUCAGCACGUGCCAGGAGUCCUGCAAUGACACCCAGUAUAAGAUGACCAUCUCCAUGGCUGACUGGCCCUCAGAGGCCUCCGAGGAUUGGAUUUUCCACGUCCUGUCCCAGGAGUUGGACCAAAGCACCAACCUCACCAUAAGCAGGAAGGGAGCCGUCAAGCUCAACAUCUACUUCCAAGAGUUCAACUACAGAACCAUUGAAGAAUCCCCAGCCAACAACAUUGUCUGGCUGCUCUCGAAUCUGGGUGGCCAGUUUGGCUUCUGGAUGGGUGGCUCGGUGCUGUGCCUCAUUGAAUUCGAGAUCAUCAUUGACUCCGUGUGGAUCAGCAUCAUCAACCUGGUGGCCUUCAUCAGAGGCCUGCGACAGAGACGAACACGAACACAGUCCCCCUACGCCGGCCCGCCGCCCACCGUGGCUGAGCUGGUGGAGGCCCACACCAACUUCGGUUUCCAGCCCGACACGGCAGCCUACCCCAUCCCAGGCACCCCGCCCCCCAACUAUGAUUCCCUGCGUCUGCAGCCACAGGACACCGUGGAGUCCGACGGUGAGGGUGACGCCAUCUAG